CAAGACCCUACCAAAACACCCUUACUACACCAAUGCCUCUCCACAAACGCCAGUCAGACGCGUUAAAAGAAGCUUAGAUACAGCUUGCGCUUCAAGCUCUUAAACAAGACGCGACUCUCUCUCUACAGCGCGCUGCAGCUAUCUAUAGAGCUCCCCUACAGACACUAAGCAACCAACACGCUAGACAACCUUCACAAGUUAAUUCUAUGCCCAAAUCACAGAGCCUAACUAAUACUAAGGAGCAGGUGAUUAUUAAUUAUAUACUUAAGCUAGACGCGCGAAAAUUUUCCCCUUAGCUAGCAGCUGUGGCUGAUAUGGCCAAUUCUUUGCGCGCUGAGCGCAAUAAUCUAGGGCUAGUUUGGCCUAGUAGCCAAUAUCAAAGCCAAGUAACGUACCCCACGGACGAGUCGGUCACCGGACGAGUCGGGUCUAUUAAGGUGGUGACAGCGUCUAAGAGGCGUCUUAAGCUACUUAGAGCAACGUUAAUUGCUGCAAUUAAUGCUAUAGGGUAGGUUAUCCUGCCCUUUAUUAUCUUUAAAGCAAAGAACCACAACUAAGCCUAGUAUUACAACCUAAAGGAUUAGCGUAUUAGUGUUAGCAAGAAUAGCUAGACAACAAAUAAACUAGGCCUAGAGUGGCUGAAGCACUUCAUCCAGCAUACAACAGCCCAGACAGUGGGUAGCCACCGGCUGCUGAUUAUUAAUGGCCAUGAGAGCCACAAGUCGCUUGCCUUCUAGGAUCUGUGUGAGGAGAACAAAAUUAUUACUCUCUAUAUGCCUCCUCACACCUCCUAUAUCCUACAGCCACUUAAUGUGGGCUGUUUUGCCCUAUUAAAACAAGUAUAU